UUGAAAACGACGCCGAUCUAUCCUUUUCAUGAAUAGUUGAUGACAUUCGCACGAUAAACGGCAUGCGCUGAGAAGAACAGAAAAGUUGUUUUCCAAUAUGAGAACAGUCAUCGGAAAACUGGCCAUCAUGGACAUUCAACGAGAUUUGAAUUACCAGUACGGAUGGAACCGUAGUAUAAUGAAGUAUAUAGGUAUUUGGCCAGAAGAAAGGAAAUGGAACCGACCUUCGAGUUAUGUCGUUCUGAUACCGUUUCUCACGAUGCUGUGUUUUGUGUAUGCACCACAAACUAUUAAUCUGCCCUUCAUUAUACAUGACUUGAAUCUCGUGGUCGAGAACUUAUCGAUGGUUACUAUCACUUUCACGAUUUCGCUUAUGAAGAUUAUGACCUUUUGGAUGAAUGGAAAAUCAUUGAAGUCUCUGCUGAAGUGCAUAGCCAAGGACUGGGCUACAGUGAAGACGAAAACCGAACGAGAAACAAUGGUGAACAUCGCGAGGGUCACGAGAAUGAUCAUGAUAGGAUGUUCAAUGAUGUGCCAACUAGUGGUCGCCUGUUACGUGAUUUUACGAUUAAUUUUUAUGGAAUACGACGAUAACAAAAUGUUCGUACGCGGCUAUUACCCGUACGAUAUAACCGUAAGCCCAAAUUAUGAACUGACUAUGAUUGGUCAAGCUAUAGCUGGUGCAUACAGCGCCAGCAUAUACUCAUCUGUGGACAGUUUUGUCGCUAUGCUGAUUCUACAUGCAUGUGGACAGAUCUCGAAUCUGAAGAAUGAUUUAAGAGAGAUCCAUUCGAACGAUAAGAUCGAUUUACAGACGAAGUUGAAGAAAAUCGUUGAAAAGCAUAAUUAUAUCAAUAGGUUCGCUGAAACGAUAGAGAAUUGUUUCAACCUGAUGCUUCUGUUUCAAAUGCUCGGGUGCAUCAUUCAGCUGUGUUUCCAGUGUUUCCAAGCCAUCAUGUCACUGGGGGAGGAAGCAGAGCAAUUCAUGGUUUUCCAAAUUGCGUUCCUGUGUUUCUAUGUAACUUGCGCUAUGAUGCAAUUGUACCUAUAUUGUUACGUGGGCGAAAGGCUUACGUUCGAGAGUACAGAUGUAGCUAAUACAGCGUACAAUUGCCAGUGGUACAGUUUACCUCCAAAGGACGCGAGAUUAUUUAUAAUUAUCAUGUGUCGAGCUAGGUCAUCGCCGCUAAUGAUCACAGCAGGCAAAUUCUGUUGGUUUACUAUAUUGUUGUAUUCCCAGGUACUGAAAACCUCGAUGUCGUACAUUUCUGUUCUAUACGCAAUGCAAAGUUAGUAAAGAGGCGAUCCUGUAAUUAUGAUUCUUUAGUAUUUCAUAGCAGCCCAUCACUUCAAUCGUACAAAUGUCACGGAAGAAAUAUUUUAUAUCUCUGUCUCUCUCUCUGAACGUUAAAUAACUACUCUUGGUAUGAAUACAAUAUAAACGUGACGUG